UGAAUAUCUUUGUUGUGGUAUCUUGAAAUGUUUUUGCAUAGCUGAAGCAAAACAAUAGCAUGGAAUUUACUUAUUAAGCAGCUGUAUUAAUGAGCAAGUUGUUUGUUUCUUUGAUUGUGAUUUUAUAUAUUUAUUUUUUUUUAAAGGGAAGAAAAAAAAAUCUAAUCGCUUGCCCCAUUGACCCCUGAUCCUAACAUUUAAAAAUGAAGGAAGAGAUUGCAGCAACAGUGUUUUUCAUUGCAAGACUAGCAAAAAAACAUGGUAAACUGGAUCGUGUCAGGAGGGAGAAGUUUGCUGUGGAACUGACCUCUAUACUCUUUGAAAAUUACAAAAGUCACUGGUACCCAGAAAACCCAACCAAAGGACAAGCUUUUAGGUGUCUAAGGAUGAACAAAGUUCAAACAAGAGACCCAGUUAUUGAACGCGCUUGUUGCCAGAGUGACAUUGUUUAUGAAAAUCUUGGCUUACCAAAGGAAAUGACCAUUUGGGUUGAUCCAGGAGAGGUGUCAUGCCGAUAUGGUGAGAAGUCAACCCCAAUUUGUGUUACUCAGCUGGAGAGUCAAAAGAGAGAUGGGGAGUUCUCUCGUAGGAUAAAUAAUGCGGUGGAAAGGGCUUCAUCAGACUACCAUUCUGGAACCUCCUCAGAUGAGGAUGGAGGAAACACCAGCAUGAGCAGCAACAUUAGUAGCAGCAACAGCAGUAACAGCAGCAGCUUUUCUGUUCCAGAGCCUAAAUGCAUCCCAACGGUCUCCAACCCGAACAGUGUCUACCAGUUCAGUGAGUUUGGGCAGCCCCCACCUAUGCAGAACUGGGGCACAUACCCUAAAAGAAAGCCAUAUGCCUCUGAGGGCUACCAGCAGCAUUCCUCAAGUGGACCAUACCCACCUCAUAAGAGUUUCAAGGGAUACAGGCCCUCCUACGCAUUCUCUGGUCCAAGGGUGGAUCGAUAUCACUGGGUCAGCAAGAACCGCUGCUAGACUUGUAUUAAGACCAGUGUAUUGUUUUGCUGCGCAGCUAUGCAGGCAUAUGUGAGUGUGGUAACUUUAAUUUCUAUGUAGAGCUUUAAAUUUAUUUAUGGAGUCAUGUGGCAAUGCCACGAAGGCACUUUUUAAAAGCUAGUUUUAAUGAUUUAUUUGUGGAGUGGAAAAUACUUUCUAAAUAAAAUCUAUUUUAAUAAAA